AUGUCCUCCCGGGGCCCCAGGACACCUGCCCCCAUCCCGUCGCCCUGCAGGAGAGCCAUGUGCUGGGUCAGUGCCCUCAGCUUCAUGGCGGCCGAGGAGAUGCACUGGCCCGUCCCCAUGAAGGCCAUCGGGGCCCAGAACCUGCUGACCAUGCCCGGGGGCGUGGCCAAGGCCGGCUACCUGCACAAGAAGGGCGGCACGCAGCUGCAGCUGCUCAAAUGGCCCCUGCGCUUCGUCAUCAUCCACAAGCGAUGCAUCUACUACUUCAAGAGCAGCUCCUCCGCCUCCCCGCAGGGCGCCUUCUCGCUGAGCGGCUACCACCGGGUGAUGCGGGCGGCCGAGGAGACCACGUCCAACAACGUCUUCCCCUUCAAGAUUGUGCACAUCAGCAAGAAGCACCGCACCUGGUUCUUCUCGGCGUCCUCGGAGGACGAGCGCAAGAGCUGGAUGGCCUUGCUGCGCAGGGAGAUCGGCUACCUCCACGAGAAGAAGGACGCGCCGCCGGACGCUAGCGACUCCAGCUCGGACACGGACAGCUUCUACGGGGCCAUUGAGCGGCCUGUGGACAUCAGCCUGUCUCCGUACCCCACGGACAACGAAGACUAUGACGACGAGGACGACUCGUACCUGGAGCCUGACUCCCCGGAGCCCGGGAGGCCCGAGGACGCCCUGAUGCACCCGCCAGCCUACCCGCCGCCUCCCGUGCCCACGCCCAGGAAGCCCGCCUUCUCCGACGUGGCCCGCGCCCACUCCUUCACCUCCCGGGGCCCCGGCCCCCUGCUGCCGCCCCCGCCCCCGAAGCGCGGCCUCCCCGAGGCCGGCCCGGCUCCUGAGGGCUUCAAGCGGGACCUGCUGGGCCCCAGGUGGCCGGAGCCUGGCCCCAGGGUGCUGCCCCCCUCCCGGAGGAUGAGUGACCCUCCGAUGGGCAGCCUGCCCAGCUUGCCCACCGGCCGCAGACCCCCGUGCUUCCCGGAGAGCCCUGGCCCGGAGCCCCGGGUCCCCAGCCCCGGAGCGGCCACCGCCAGGAACUGCGAUAAACUCAGGAACUUGCACCUGUGCCCCCGCGGGCCGCCCACGCCCGAGCCCCCGCCCGUGCCAGCCAACAAGCCCAAGUUCCUGAUGACCGUGGAGGAGGCCCCCCUGAGGGAGAUGGCCAAGCCUGGACUCUUCGCGCCCCCCGUGGCGCCCCGGCCUCCUGCCCUGAAGCUGCCCGGGCCCCUGCCCGAGCCCCCGGCGCGGGUCCCGGUCCUGCCCCAGGCGGAGAAGACGCCCCUGCCUCACCUCCAGCGGUCGCCCCCCGAUGGGCAGAGUUUCAGGAGCUUCUCCUUCGAAAAGCCCCGCCUACCCUCGCAGGCUGACGCCUCGCAGGACGACGCCACCGGCGGGAAGGACUCGGACGAGGACUAUGAAAAGGUGCCGCUGCCCAGCUCGGUCUUCAUCAACACCACCGAGUCCUACGAGGUGGAGAGGCUGUUCAAAGCCACGAGCCAGCGGGGAGAGCCGCAGGACGGACUCUACUGCAUCCGCAACUCCUCCACCAAGAAUGGGAAGGUUCUGGUCGUGUGGGACGAAACCUCCAAUAAAGUGAGGAACUACCGCAUCUUUGAGAAGGACUCUCAGUUCUACCUGGAGGGCGAGGUGCUGUUUGUGAGCGUGGGCAGCCUGGUGGAGCACUACCACACCCACCUGCUGCCCAGCCACCAGAGCCUGCUGCUGCGGCACCCCUAUGGCUACGCGGGGCCCCGGUGA